AUGCUGGCCUACAACAGCGUGUUAAAGGUCGCACUGCUGGCGUUGGCGGCAACGCAGGCGACGGCGCAAGGUGACUACUGGAAAAUGCAGUCCCAGUCGGGUAACCAGGCGGCUAGCGCUCCCGUCGAAAGCACAGAGGAGAAGAAAUGCACCUCGCUGAACAAGGAGUUUGCCAUCAAUGUGUCCAAGACAUUCACCAAGGACAGGUGGUUAAUCCCCCCCUCGCUGUUGAUCACGCUCGAGGGCUUCAGGGUCGAAUUCUACCAGGAGGAAGCGGAAUGCAAGCUCCGUAAAAACGUAUUCGAGACUGUGGGCCAGCAAGGGCUCCAGCAGAGUGUUUUUUGGCCGUACAGGCUCGAAGAGCAUGAAACUAAAAACAAGAUAAUAAAAAUCAAGGCCGAGUGGUACAGGGUGGACAAGGUAUAA